GGGGCUGCCGCCGCCCAAAGCCGGCCCGGCCCUGAGCCCGACCCCAUCUCUCCUCAGCAAUUGAAGCAGCAGCGGGAUAAACUGCGGCAGUACCAGAAACGGAUCAGCCUGGGCCUGGAGCGGGAGAGGGAGCUCGCCCGGCAGCUGCUGAAGGAUGGCAAGAAGGAAAAAGCUCUGCUCUUGUUGAAGAAGAAGCGUUACCAGGAGCAGCUGCUGGAUAAGACAGACAACCAGAUCAGUAACCUGGAGCGGAUGGUCCAGGAUAUCGAGUUCACCCAGAUCGAAAUGAAGGUCAUUGAGGGCCUGAAAAUAGGCAACGAGUGUCUGAACAAAAUGCACCAGGUUAUGUCAAUAGAAGAAGUGGAAAGAAUAAUAGGUGAAACCCAGGAUGCUGUGGAGUACCAGAGGCAAAUAGAUGAGAUACUGGCUGGGAGCCUGACUGAGGAAGAUGAAGAUGCCAUUCUAGAGGAAUUAAACAUUAUCACUCAGGAACAGUUGGAGCUUCCAGACGUUCCUUCUGAGCCACUCCCGGAGGAGCCCCCAGAAGCAACACCCAUCAAGAACAGGCCAAAACCAGAGCUGGUGGCAGCAUCUUAACUCCCGUUUCUGGGGAUCCCCCCAUAACUUUCACCCAGGACAGUUUGCCAUCCCAGCAUGUGCUGGGAACAAGCAAUGCCUCGGCAGCAUCCCAGCUGUGCUGGGCAGCUUGUGGAGCAGGAUUCCCUGUGCAGGGUGGGGAACCUCAGCCGAUCGAUUAUUGCUCUUGUAUCAAGAUUAUUUUCUAGUGCUUUCUUUUUUUGUAACUUAAAUUCUCAACUCACUCAGCUGCGCUGUCUUGGGAUUAAAUAACAACUCUAAAACUUCCAAAGCCAAACACUUCUCUCUAGGUUUGAUUUCAGCUGUAAAUCUGCCUUUGCUCUGUCCAGUCCCCAGCCAGCCCUCUCCUUGGGGUGCUUCUGUCUGAUGUGGCUGCCCCAGACCUGCUGUGAGCCCUUCUCUGUCUGCGCUGCUCUCAGCCCCUCUGCUUUUCCUCCCCUGAUUCUGGAUGCAGGCAGCUGCUCUGUGCUGUGUGCAGGCUGGGUACGGUUCUGCCAGCUGUGCAUAAAGCCGUGCAGCCAGGGUGUUCCUUUGGGCAGGGCACAGUGUUUGCUUGCCUUUGCCUGCAGCAGCCCUCAUGGAGAGGGGAAAACCUCCGGUGUGAGGUGAGGAGCUGGGCCGUCCCUGGGCAUGAGUCAGAGGCGGUCAUUAAGGAUUCCCACUCGGCUGCUCUGCCUCUCCUGAUCCGCAGCACUGAGUGCAGAGCUGGACCUGCAGAAAUCUGCUGAGCCUCUGAAAACUGCAGCAAGGAGCCUGCCUGCGUUGGGAGCCACAGGUCAGCCUGUGCGGCUCUGCUCCAUCAGUCUGCAUUCGCCUUUGCGGUGCUCGGGCAGGCUGAGAUAAAUCUGCUUCCAGCUGUCAGCUCCCAUUUAUUCCAUAUUUCCUGGCAGAGCAGCGGAAAAAGAGAGGUUGGGCUGGGAUGGGUGAGUUCUGCAGUGAUGUGAAGUGUGCAGCUCCUCGAGUCAGCACACAGAGGGAUGCUGGCAUGGCCAAGGUGCUGCCUGGGCAGCCAGGGCGUGCAGGUGGAGCUGUGCAUGGAAACCAGCAGAGCUGCCAGCUUGCAGGUGCUCAUAGGAAGCCACGGAUCUGUAUUUAUCACACUCCUGAAGCCACAACCCUUAACCCCUGUUUCUGAGACAGAGCAGAAGGACCCAGAGGGCCCUCUGAGACUUUUAGUGACCGCUUUUGGGGUUACGCGACCUGGUGCUAGACAAUAGGGAGCAAUCCCAGAGGCUGUGCUGGUGAGUCAGCAGCGACUGCGUUUUGUAUUUUCAGAGUCAUGCUUUCUGUUCCACCUUCGUGCGUGACGUCCCACAGCCCGGUGUGGGCAUUACGUCCUGCUGCCAGGGCAGGAUGUGGGGCGUGAGUGGCAGAGGCAGCCUGCGCUCUGCAGCCGCCCUAUUUUCGGUUCCUCAGCUCUCUCUGUUAAUUAAUGUUGCAUAACGAAGCCGCUGGCUGGCAGGCAGCAGAGCCGGGUUUACAAAGCGGCGUGACUUUUGCAAACAAACGGCUUUCUGAAUUGAAAGGACAGGUUUUAAUGUGAUCAUUGUGCCUAUGCCAAGCGCCGGUGGGUGCUGGGAGCCACCCUGCAGCUGCAUGGCACAGGGCUGUCUCCUGGGUUACGCUCUGUGAUGGUUUUGCUUUCUGCAAGGCUGUUCCUCCCCUCUGUUACAUCCCGGGUGAUUGCACUGCUCACUUUUUCCACCAGAGAGAGCCUUGUCUUCGCACUGCUGUCACUAGCACUGUUGUUGUUCCUUCAGUCUCCUUUACUCCGUUGCUAGCCUGGUGUCUGCGCGUUUAGUUUGACCCUAUUUAAUUUGUAACUCAUAGGAGUGGAUGCUGGGCUCUCCCAAUACGGUCCUUAAGGGACCUCUCCUGGGGCACGGCUCUUGCUGCCAGCACUCUGUUCUGCAAGGUGGGCACACGUUGCUCCCCCCCCCAGGUCCUGGCAGCAGGGGAGCCCCCAGCAGACCCUCCCCGAGGCCGCAGAGAUGCUGGGCUGAGUGCUGAGCCCAUGCCCUGUGUGCUGCUCGGGUCAGGGCUGCGGUGCAGGGGGGGUUAAUGCGGCUCCCAGCUUUGGAAAAGGCCGUGCUCUGACCUCCCCACAGGAAAGUUGCAAGCAGAUUGCCAGCAGCUUCCUCUCCUAAUCCCUGUACCAAACAGAUUGUACCGUGUCUCCUUGGGAGGAAGCGCCAGGAGUGGUGUGUGACCUCUGUGGUGUGCUGUAACAAUAAACAGUUUCUAAUGGUUUCACCGA